AUGUUCAUCUUGGCUUGUAGCCUGUACACCUACUUUGCCCUUGACUAUGACUAUGCCUAUGACCAUGACGUUGCCAUUGCUUUACCACCCCGUACACGCACGCCCACGCCCACAUAUACCAUACCAUACCUACACAUCCGAAACGCAAACCAAACUCAACCACCAAAGGCUAUUAUCCACAGUAACAGCCAACCCAUCUUUCCUGCCCUGAACGGAAAGUAA